GUCCGGCAAGCGGGAGAUUACGACAAGGCCUGGACUGGCCGGUGCAUGUGACAUCGCCCGGCCUGGGAGGUUCCUGGAGGUGAAUCGUCCAUCGAUGCCUUCAAUGCACUUAUAUUCACCUGCUGCCAUGCUGGACCAUGCACUUCAUCCUUCUUCCUCACCUUCGACUCUUGUCUUGGUGCCGUGUGCUUUGGCCCCGCGUGGCCCCGCGUUACCAUGGGGUCUACUAACAAUUCUGUAAAGUUUCAUCUAACUGAUCUUGUUCAAGUAAAGGGAAAGUCUCGUUUGCUGGGAACCGUUUCUUUGACUCACGACGAUAUUGAUGAUGACGAUAUACCGGUGGGAGAGCUCUUCAUACUAUCUCACACCGCAGUGCCUAGCGAGGAUCUCUUGGACUUUCUGAGAACAAAGAGGCCACCUUUUGGUUAUGUAUUCGUUCAUUUCAAGGACCCUAGUUAUGGAUACUCUCUGGUUCAUGAAGGCGACCUCGAACUUCUCGACCGACUUUUCGUGAUCGGCCAGCCAGUCAAGCGAGAUCUUUUGAGUCCCAUUAGUGGAACGAUCAUCAGCAUGUCGAUGAAAUGUAGCGUCGUACAGAUUGCCCAUCAACCGGUUAACCCUCGCACUGGAGACUACGGUCCGCUGCAGUUUCUGGAAGCGCCCAGGGGUCGUGCCGUCUGGCCAUCAACUCGUGACGGCGACCCUCCGCAAAUACACGACGUGCCCAUCUCAGAGCUUAUCCACUUCGAACCAUUCUCCGAAGAUGACUACAUCAUCUAUCGCCAGAAAUUGGGAAAGAUCCGGUCGGUCGAGCGCGAUGCGGUUAUGCUGCUCUCAAACCAGAAAGUCGCAUCAGUUAACGAUAUCGAUCGUGUCGAAAUCCCCCUUUUUAAUGACCCUCAAAACGUCGUGGGGAUGCCUGACAACCUUGAUCAGAUCCAUACGCAUCCUCUGCCUGAUGGCCGCUAUGUCUGGUCCGAUGAAGCGAGGCCGGCGGUUCCCGGCCAGUAUGUGCUCACGUCUGCUAACAAUAUGAGUCGACAUGACCUGGAAUCGGGUACAAACGUAGCUGUGGAACCAGAAGGCUACGUACUGGCCACGCCCGCAACGGGCUACACCAUCGAUUGGGUUUGUCCGAACGUUUUCGCCGUGGGCGUGCCUUUCAGCAGUCCCACCAGUGAGAGGUAUACGGCUGCCACAAUCCACGAACAAGCCGUGAAAUGCGACUUUGGCCAACUGCCUAAAGAUGCAUUGUCCAAUGAGAAGGCCGUCAGGACUGAUUUGUGGCAUCACGUUGGGAGCUCUGUUCGGUUUCGGGAUCCAGCAGAUGCAUGUCGGAAGUAUCCCAAGUACCAGCAUAUCCCAACUGAUGAGUCCUUCGGCUACGACCUGAAUAUUCUACGCACCAUGCGUACUAAGACAGAGGUCACUGUCCAGUGGCAGGACGGAAGCAUCACAACUGAGGAUUCCACAUGUCUACAUGCGUUCGAUCAAGCCGAAGAAGAGGUAUGGCCCGGAAACCUGGUUGUGCUGAUCGACGGGAUGGAGUCGAUCAGAGAGCCUCUUUCGCGUAGAGCCAUUCCCCUGCAUAUUACCGAGUCCGAAAUCACGGUGGAAAGCUUCCGGCUAAAGAACAUUGGUGUGGUCCAGACCGUUGAUGGCAGGGAGAGGGUAGCAUCCGUUCGCUGGUACGAAAACCCGAACGUCGUGCUGACGCAUGAUGGCGAGAUGAUCAAACCCGGCUCGUCCCUUGGAGUCCUCGGCUCGGCCGUGACAGAGGUAUCUUUCUACGAGAUUGUUCGCUACUCCUGCUUGGAGUUGUCUCUUGGCGACAGGGUGCUUCUGGUCCCCGACACGGUUCACGAGGCAACACUCCCACAGUCUAGCUUGGAUCCAAUCCCCCAGGAUGCGGGCCCAUGUCAAAUGAGCUUCCUUGCCCCAAGCACCUUCUUUGAGACCCUUCUUUACCUCGAGGCCAUGAAGAUGAGCAUCGUGGGCACGGAGUGGUUUAAGAAUUCAAUCACCAUCGAUAAGUCUCCAGUCCCUUCUCGAUUCAGCCUUCGGUACACUGAAUUCAACGUCAACACGCCCGCAAAUUUCUUCGGACAGGUUGUCGCCAUGGAUAUCGACGGGACCAUCACGGUUCGGCUUGCAGCGACGAACAAUUGCCGUGAUAUCCGUAUCUCGCUGGAGAGGCUCAUGCUGCUGAUUGACGAAGAUGGGAUUGAACACUUCCCAUCCCUCGAUCUGUUUGCCCCGUCAUGGGCCACUAGUACAACACCGUUGAAUCAACGUAGUGUACUGGAUGAGCUGUCAUGGAAUUUUGAUAAUCCACCGACCGAUCAUCGUGAUAGCAACGGAAUGGAGGAUGAUUGGUUCACAGCGUCUGAUACCGAGACAGAUGAGAAUGUAGUGAUCGACGACCCUGACGAAGACAACGAAGGCUAUCAUGAAAUUCGCGAACUCAAUGGCAAUCGUUUUGAGGCAGCCGCAGUGUCUGAUAUUCCUCCUCCUGAGCCUGAAACCGAUGAUUCCGAAGAUUUCGCCCUAACUGAGACAUCCUCAGUGCAAGGGGGAUCUACAACUUCGUCCUCUUCGGCGGCAGAUUGCCCUCCAUCGUUCGCUCUGUUAGAAGGACCGCCACCCUCUGACCAUCAUUUUCUAGGCAGGGAGCAGAACUGCCGCUCCGGACCCCUUGCCAAACGUAUUCACAAAGAAUAUGAGAUACUCCGCUCGUCACUACCCUCUGGGAUCUUUGUGCGGGCGUGGGAAUCGAGGAUUGACCUCAUGCGGGUUUUGAUAAUUGGGCCCCAAGGAACACCGUACGAGUAUGCGCCAUUUGUGUUUGACCUCUACUUCUCCAAAGACUUCCCAAACUCGCCUCCGCUCGGCUUCUUUCACUCGUGGACGUACAGUGCCGGAAAGGUCAACCCGAAUUUGUAUGAAGACGGAACGAUCUGCCUUAGUAUUCUGGGGACGUGGACAGCCCAGAAUCCGGAGGAAGGCUGGUCGGCCGCCAAGUCCACCGUCUUGCAAGUUCUCGUUUCUCUUUUGGGACUUGUGCUGGUGAAGACACCUUUUUACAAUGAAGCCGGAUACGAAGCCUUUGCGGAAGAAGGUAAUAAGCAACUCGAAUCUGCCCUGUACACGGAGAAGGCGUUCUUACUGGCCCGCAUGUUUAUCGAGCAUGCGCUUGAGGAAUCUGUUGGGGGUUUGGAGGAUGUUCUGACCUGGCACUACCUUCCCUCGACUCGAGCAGGGGACGAGCGCCCACGAUUGUUGCGUCGGGCUAUCGAUACAGCUUUGGAAAUGAUCGAUCAUCAUAACCGUACGGCCGCCGGUGAUGAUCUUGACGAAACCAACGUGGCAUCGGCCUUUGUAAAGCGCCUCAGUCUUGGGGCUGUGGUCAUGCUGCGGAAGCACAUUACUGCUUUUGAACGUAUUGAAGCCAAGAAUACUCGAACUGGCUCCUAGAUUUUGAAUACUUUACGGCUGGAAGCACAAUAGCAUCUGGAUUAAUUCCUGGAUAUAUGGAAACGUGCGAUAUGCAGGCAUUUUGUACCUUGUACCUAGCUUGGCUUCUAGCUUGAAUAACUUGAAUAAC